GCUAGGAUCCAACUCCCUGUUGCAAUGCGGUGGGCUUCUAUCUUCAUCUUGGCUGCCUGGAGCACAGUGGAAGGUUCCAUGGAGGUGAUCCACAGAAAAGAGCUGAGUGCCACAGUGGGGGGAAAUGUGACUCUGCACUGCCAGCUAUCACAGGACAAAGAUGUGCUGCAGGUCACAUGGCAGAGAGAGAGUGGCAAGACCUCAGAAAACAUAGCCACCACCAGCCGAAGACACGGCCCCAGGCUGAUGGGCCGCUACCUCAGCCGUGCCAGCCUGGGGACAGAAGGGCGGGAUUCCUCAGCCCUCACGCUCCAUUCUGCCUCCCUGGAGGAUGAGGGCUGCUACAAGUGCAUCUUCAAUGUCUUCCCCAGCAGCCCCGUCGAGGGGAGGAUGUGCUUGAAGAUACAUGCCAUAUCUGAGCCUCAGGUGGAGAUCAAGUCCCUUCCCCAGGUGGGAGAUGAGAAAGAGAGCGAGAUGCUGGAGGUGAGCUGCCUGGCAAUGGGGAAGCCGGCCCCGGAGAUUACCUGGGACCUGCCACAUGGCUACCACGGGGGCCUGCAGCUGCAUCACAUCUGGCACUCAAAUCAGAUGGUGACCGUCAUCAGCAACUUCACUCACAGCCCCUCCUGGCCUCCCCCAGAGAAACCAGCCACCUGUGUGAUCCACCACCCGGCUCUCAACAUGGAGAUAGAGCUGCCACUGCCACCUCUCCACAACCGAAAAGGAUAUUUGGUAGAGAUCGGGAUCUGUUUUGCUGCCCUUCUGUUCAUCCACCUGGGACUCUUGGGCUAUUGCUUUUGGAGGCAAAAAUCUUGGAAUGAGAGACAGGACCAUUCUUGGCUCUGGGUUCUACCUUGUUGCUGGGCCUUGGGAGAAGCAAAUCCCAAUGUGGAUUAGGGUAAAUCUGAUC